GGAUCAACAGAAAUGCAAAACGAAAAAUGUGAAAAACUUUUGUUCUUUCGGUUCUUUGUUCAUUCUUGACAUCAGCAGUUAAAAUAAUAUUGCCAGGCCAUCGUAAUAGUCACUUAGUCUUCUACAUCCUUUUCUGUUUCAACUUUUUUGAACGCUUUUCAACCAACCGGUUGUGGCUGACAAUCCAAUGAAACAUCAAACUUUUCCAAAACGUUAGCAGGAUGAUCUUCACAAAGAGAAGCAGAAAAGGCUCUACAAAUUCUGCUUCCUCUUCCUCUAUAGCUACUAAUAAGACGAAAAAUUCCCAUCUUUACCCUGUAGAGGAUCAGAAAUCUGUGGUGCAACGCAGACAUGCAUCAUUGAUCAGGUUGAAAAUUCGACCUGUGGGCCCUAUUAUUAAGUCCAGAACAACGAUUCCAUCUGCUCCUUGGAAAAUGUCCGACGAAGAAGAUGAAGAAGAGAGUGAUUUUCACGGUCAGCUUGCAAGUGAACAGUGGCCUAGUAAUCAUGGUGAUGAGGGGGAUGAUUCUUGCAGGUGGUUAUCAUCAGUUUUUGGUAGAGCAACUUCUUUCUUUGAUGGAUCUAGCGUAACUCCAUUGGAAGAAGCAUCAUCUAUUCUAACAUCAUCAUCUGAAGAGGAAAUUUUUGACGAAGAAAUCACAACUUGGUUGAUGAACUCAUUAGAGACAGACAAAUUAUCUGCCCAAUCAUACCAAGAUAGCAAUGUUUGCAAUCAUUUCGUAUAUUUUAGCAAUGAUGACUUCGAAGUGCCUGAAAUUUGGGAUUUUGAUGAAGGGCUAUUGGAAUCCUUCCUUGAUCUUGAGGAUGUUGAACUUUCUCCAGAUUGAUUUUCCUAGUCCAUCUUACAGGAGCAGCUGGAGUUCUGAUACUUCCCAAUCAUCAGAUUUUGUUUCAUAUGGCAAAAAUUUUGCACCAGCUGAAUCCACAAAAUCCACAAAUACUGAAAUUGAUGAGCCAAUUUUCUGGCCAUUUGCUCAUAAAUUUGCUUCCAAUUUGAACUUUUCACGGAAUUUCCUUAUCAUGUCACCACCAAAAAUCAUGUCCAAGUUUUUACUUCAGAAUUCUGAAACGGACAUCAGGGGAAGGCGCAAGCUUUCUUUGAACUCAACACUGCAAUCAACAAAGAUUCUGGAAAAGAAACAUGGAAAAGGAGAUAAUCAUGUCAAGCUGAUCAACAAUGCCCCCAAUCUUUCCACAAAAUCAAUUAGAUCUUUCUCGAAAGAUGAUAUUAUGGAAUUUAAACAUGAGGAAUAUUUGACAGUAGAAGAAAUAGUUGAUCUUGAUGAGCAUUUGAAGUCAAUGGAGGAAGACUUCGAAGUAG